GUUGUAACCACGAUCUCGACCACGACCUCGGCACGGUGUAUCCUCACUUAUCAGCGAACGAUGCGCGCACACGGACUCAUGGUCACAACGCAUGGGGCUCGUGUUGCCGGGCUAGGUUAUUGGUCCCCAUUGCCCACUGAUUACAUUCGUGACUUAUCGUGGCGGCUCAAACCGCUCGAAAUUUGAGCCUUCUCCGUCCUCCGCAUUGCAAACGAGGCUGUCGAUCCCUUAAUGAAAGUCGCGUUGUUUGGGGCGGGCGCAGCUGCGAUCCACAUAACUGCCUCCUCGUUCCUGGCUUCCCCUCGCUCUCCUGCGACUGCUCGGGUGGCGUAGUAAACAGACAUGGCUGGCUCUCCGGACGAACGCGCUCGCAUACUCUGCCGAGAAUACAAAUGGAACAAGCUCCUGACCAAAUGGGAAUCGCUCCCCCGCCUUCGGCUGGAACCUCAUCGCGACCGGUUCGACUGCUUGCUUUGUGGCUUCACGAAUACACUUGGCCAUACAUGCCCGUGGUGUCUGAGUGCGUGCAAGUCUAGACCUCCAGCCGUCACUACCACCCGGCGGCGCAUCAGUUGCCCCCAGCUCCUAAGCGAUGCGCAACGGGUCCAUAUGAGGAGGAUGGAAACGCACCCUACCAUGGCGACCAGAUCGACCUGUGCAGUGUCCAACCUGAGCGUACGCCCGGGAUGUGAGACGACACGUGUUCGCGCCAGACCUCGCGCACCGACGCAGACGACGCGUCGACAGAAGCAUCGCAAGGCGGGCGUUCACUCGACCGCCGAUAUAAUGGCCACGAUAACAUAUGAUGUUGAAGUAGAGUUAAAGCCGUUCUUGAAAGAACUCAUCAACAUGUAUGACGACGAUCUCACGAAUCCCUCUAUGCUCAAUGCAAGCACCAAGCCCUCUACGGAAGCUCGACGAGACACCAAGGGAGGGGGCACCAGGAGCGUCGAUGCAUCGUCAACGUCGACUUCGUCUCAGCGGACGCUGCGCAGGAAACAAAGGAUGGCCAUGCUGCGCAGACGCUCGUCGCGCUCGCUGCGAAAGCGGUCCAUGCCGUUGCUCUCCAAGACAUCCUCGAAGCGUAUGGACGACUGCGAUUCGGCGGUGGUCACGGUGCAGGCGGUGCUGCCCUCUCGGUCCCCCUCGCCUUCGCCGGUCCCCUUUGUACCACUGGGCCACCCAGAGCGUCCCCUCUACACCGCGAUCCGGAGGAACAUGUGUCCCCCCGGACUCCCACCCACACCCGGGUCUGACGUAGAGCACGCGUCUCUGCACGCCGUCUUGCUGGAGCGCGGCGCGAAAUCCCUCGACAUCCCUCGCCGGCCCGCGACCCUCGGGCGCUCGCAUCGACUUCGCCCACCUAUCCCGGCGUCAGACUGGACGGCUGGGUGCUCUAUCACGGGGGAAACGGAGCUGCGUAUGGACCUCGCGCGGUGCCGCUCUGCAGAGGUUGUAUUGCAGAGGCCGCGCGAGGCGAACUUAGGAGGCGUGGUCAGGGAGAAGGUCAAGAAUCUGGGGAAGGGACUGAGAGAACUCUUGUUGAAGCGAGCAUGACUGCGCGUUUUCAGCCAUGACCCAUGUGUGCUCCAUGAAAAGCUCCCUACGUCAUCCAUUUUCGCUGUUCGUCUUCGACGAUCGCACGGUGCGGUGGUAGUCUUCGAGGCCUUCGCGGGAUCACUCAGCUAGUUCCGGAGGAUAUGCUACCCUCAGCCACCGCGACCCGUUGAAGCCCGCUGUAACGCCACAAAGCCUCUGGUGCCGUGUCUAUGCCAUAUGCAUACCCUCGCAAUGACCAAUAUACCAAUCACGACUGCACGAAGAGAACAGUCGGCCCCUGUGGCCGGACCUAGAUAUUCUUGCUUAUGACGUCCCACGUAUACAUGCUCCCCCAUCCUAGUAAUGCACCUGCUUAUUCCUGCUAUCUCGCCAACCACGAUUGCGUGCUCGAGGAACCGGG